GCGAGAGAGCGCCUUCAGUACCGGGCCUGACAUCGUACCGAUCGUUCGUCUCGCGUAGCUCUCCGGUCUCCCACAGCCUUAAAGACCUCGUCGCCUCGUGCAUUUCGUUCUUAUCAUUCCCGAAUAGAAACAAACAACAAAGACAAAUACCAGAGAGCCGCGACACUCGCUCUCAGCCUGCGAGCUUCCGAUGGCCUAGAAGAAAAGCCCGGAGAAAACAAAAGAAAAUUCGGGAGCGAGUAUAACGACGGACCUGUCAAAACAAAUCGGGCUUCGAGCGACUCGCUGAUUUUCAGUGCCAAUACCCGCAUAGCUGUGACUGUUUUUUAAGAAUCUACCGAGGAACGGAAACGUCGAUAUUCCAGAGCCGAGAGGAUCGAUAAAGUUGGGAAAAGCGAAUCGAGAGGAUCGUCGCAGCAGCUCGGGUCUCUCCUCCGAUCGAGAAGUGAACUUCUGACCUGUGCGUCUCGCCGGACUCGCCGCUCGAUCCGAUUCCUUCGAUCGGCACACGUAACACGCGAAACUCGGGCGCGAGCGCUCGUAAACUAGGAGGAAUCGAGAGAGAGAGAGAGAGAGAGAGGUCCUCCAGUGAUUAGCGGGAGUGCGGGGGGACACGCGCUCAAAACGUCUACGGUACUUACGUAGUAAACAGAAACUCGUGCGCGCGUUCGUUUCUCCGUUGGUUCGUCACCGGUGCUGCUGCUCGUGUACUCCGAAAGGCUGCGCCGGCGCGGCGAUUGCGGCGGCAUACUUCGAGUCCGACUUUCUCCUGGUGCUGGUACUCGCGCGCACGCUUGUCGUCGCGAACGGGGCCUUCGGAGUAUCGUUACGUUUCACCGCAGAAUCGUCAUUCCCUCGUAUGAAAUCCUCGCACCCGCCCCGCAGCCGAACGACGACGAUUGCCUUUCGAAAAUCGUGCAAACUCGAAGGAACACGCGAGGCCCCGGACCUCUGAAACUUUUUUCAAAAUCCCCCCCGCUGUCGACCCACGGACAAAUGUUCUCCGGAGGCGCGCGACGGCUUUGAUCAUCCACCGCUGCACUCGCCCCCCUCCGACGCGAAUCUCUCAUCUUUCGUUCGAGUCUCGCAUCCAGGAUUACACCGGAAAUGAGGGUCCAACGGGGCAUCUGCGCCAAGCUUCAGGGCGGCUUCCUACGACGCUGGUGGGCUGCGAUCGCGAUCGGAGUCUUCCUGAUAAUAAUCGGCGCGCUUCUGGCCGCCCUUUUCCCCAAAAUCAUCGAUGUCAUCGUCAACAAGGAAGUCGCAUUGAGGGACGGCGGCCGAACUUUUGGAUGGUGGAGAGCUCCGCCGGUCUCGCCGCACAUGCACGUUUACAUUUACAACGUGACGAACGCCGACGAGUUUCUCAACAACGGGGACAAACCUGCCCUCCAGGAACUCGGGCCCUACGUCUACGUCCAACACUGGGAAAAGGUCGACAUCAAGUUCAAUGGAAAUGACACCGUUAGCUACAAGCAACGAAAGGAAUUUGUAUUCUCUCCUGAAUUGUCGGUCGGAUCGGAGGAGGAUCUCGUGGUGGUGCCAAACGUGCCGAUGUUAUCGGCAACGAGUCAGUCGCGUCACGCCGCCCGUUUUUUGAGAUUGGCUAUGGCAUCGAUCAUGGAUAUCCUCAAGAUCAAGCCCUUCGUCGAGGUCUCGGUGGGUCAGCUGCUCUGGGGCUACGAGGAUCCCCUUCUGAAACUUGCCAAGGACGUUGUCCCGAAGGAACAAAUGUUGCCGUACGAUCAGUUCGGUCUGCUUUACGGGAAGAAUGGCACGGCCGCCGAUGCUUACACCGUCUUCACCGGUCAAUCGGACGUUACGAAGUACGGCAUGAUGGACAAAUGGAACGGUAAAAGCGGUCUCGGACACUGGACCACUCCGAGCUGCGACAGCAUCAUGGGCAGCGACGGCAGCAUCUUCCCUCCUCACAUCACCAAGGACACCGUUCUCAAGGUCUUUGACAAAGACCUCUGCAGAGCUCUUCCUCUCGUUUUCAAGGAGGAAGUAACAACUGCUGGUGGAGUUCCUGGCUACAGAUUCACCCCUCCUAAGGACGUGUUCGCCUCACCUGACAAGGUAGCUGCCCAACAAUGUUUCUGCCCCGAAGGGCCACCCUGCGCACCCGAAGGGACCUUCAACGCCUCUCUCUGCCAAUACGACUCGCCGAUUUUGCUCAGUUUUCCACAUUUCUUCCGAGCUGACCCCGCGCUACGAGAGGCUGUAACCGGAGUGUCACCGCCCGAGGAAGAAAAACAUCAACUCUUCAUCGACGUACAACCCACGAUGGGCACCGCAUUACGAGCUCGUGCUCGCAUCCAAAUAAAUCUCGCGGUUAGCCAAGUCCGAGAUAUCAAACAGGUCGCCACUUUCCCUGACAUCGUCUUCCCAAUUAUGUGGUUCGAAGAUGGUAUCGACGAACUUCCGAGUCAAGUGACCUCUCUGCUGAAAAUGGCGGUAGACGUGCCGCCGAUCGCACGUGCCGCACUUUCGGGUGCACUGGGAGCGAGUGGAAUAAUUGUAUUAAUAAUAGCGCUAAUGUGUUUGGCGAGAGCGGCGAAGCGUCAGGAGAAGCUUCAUUUGAGUAACCCACUGCCGUCGAACGCGACGAACAGCAAGCAGGGAAACCUCAAUCCGGCGUUCCAAGGCUCCACGAAAUAAGGAUGGUUGAACAGGCGCCUCGAGAGCUACUUAAAAACCCAAACUUACCACUUACCCGUUGAGGAGGCAAACUAAAAAAGCGCACAAUCGAGGCUCGCGGCAUCGAGGGAAAAGAAAGGCUUUGGUUCCGAGACCCUGAAACUCUAUUUAUUUCCUCUCUCUAUUCGUCCAAAUAUCACUCGCCCUGAAACAUGGAAAAAAAGAAAGGAAAAAGCUUUUUUUCCACUUUUAAAUUUCGUGCAUUAUGAAAACUCGCAAUAUUUUUCCCCUUUAAACAGAAAUCGCACGUUGUGCAGGAAAAUUUAAUGCACAAAAUCCCUCGAGAACGAAACUUCGUGGUAGCAGAAACGAAAAAAUGUGUCAAUUCGAAAAAAAAAACUGGGGAAAAAAGAGUUUGAAUGGUGCGAGAUUUCCGUCCAGAAAACGCGUCCCGAAUUCUCUAGUAUAUUCUAUUUUUUCAUGGUGUAUGUACAGUUAUUAUAGAUUCGAAUCUCUUAUUUAUAUCGAAUACUAAAAGCAUAGGAAAAGUUUUGAAAUGAUAAAAACGUGAAAGUGUCAACAAAAUCGUAAAAAUAAUAUAAAAACGAAGGGAAAGUAAAGUUAACAAUGAAAUUGGAGCACGAGAGGCGACGAAGGGUCGUUUAUUCCAGGCCCGUCGAUCGAAAAUAAUGUGCCGUUGUUGAUGAAUCUCGUCGCUUCGUAUCGAUCCUAUUUUCGAUAGAAUAUUUAAUGUUAUUUAAAAAUUGGCUGUCAUUCGUUACGGAUUUAUGGAUUUGGUGUUGUUUUCCAGUAUAUUUUUGUGUUUAAUUUUUAUUCGAAUAGGGGAAAAUGGGCCAAGCUUCGAUGUCUUUCUUUCCUCCAAUGCUCAAAAUCGUUUUUCUCUCCCUCGUAUUUUCAAAUAGCUCGAUUCGAGAGAUAACAAUGACUAACAACUUUAUUUGCUCACAGCACAUUAAUCGACCGGAGAGUACAAACGGCAUUGGAGCUUGGCCCGGACUCCCGAAGCAAUUGUAAUUAUGUCGAAUGUACCAUUUUACCUUGUACUCUUCUGUGUAUAUGUUUUAUGCUAGAUAUACGUUUUUAGUGACCCUCUUCGUCCUCUCCCCCAUCCUCCCUUUAUCCUCGAGCCCUCGUCAUACGUAAAUCUUAGGUGAAAAUUACUUUUGUACAAUAUGAGAAGAUAAAAAAAUCAAAAGAUACCAAAACGA